AUGCCCUAUCUGUUUGAGAUUCAAGAAUCUGAUGAGAUGUUUAGGCUGCCAGAGGUUAUUGAACAGCACUCGGCACAGAAACCAAUUAUGGUCUUCUGCUGUACUCGAAACUCAUCGCUUACGACGGCGAAGGAGCUAGCUCGUCUUUGGACGUUGACCAAUCCUCCAUCCCGGCUUUGGAAGGGACCCCAGAAGCAUCUUGACGCGAGCAAUGAAGAGCUCAAGACGUCACUGGCUGCCGGGGUGGCAUUUCACCAUGCAGGUUUAGGACCCGCAGAUCGCCAUACUGUUGAGAUGGGCUUCAAGGAAGGACAUAUCAGCGUGAUUUGUUGCACAUCAACGCUUGCCGUCGGUGUGAAUCUACCAUGUCACCUGGUAAUUAUCAAAAACACUGUCGGUUGGCAGGAUGGCAGAUGCAAAGAGUACUCUGACCUAGAAAUGAUGCAAAUGCUUGGCCGCGCGGGGAGGCCCCAGUUUGACGAUAGUGCGACAGCAGUUAUCCUCACAAAGAAGGACCGUGUUGCACAUUACGAGAAAUUGGUGCAGGGGUCUGAAAGUUUGGAGAGUUGUCUCCAUUUGAACCUGAUCGACCAUCUCAAUGCAGAGAUAGGGCUGGGUAAUGUCUGCGAUGUCCAGUCAGCUGUUAAGUGGCUGGCUGGAACAUUCUUGUUUGUGAGACUUCGCCGAAACCCGACGCACUAUAAUUUGAAAGAAGGCGCGAAGCAAGAAGACGAGGACGAAAUGCUGCGUCAGAUCUGUGAGAAAGACAUCAACAUGCUUCGAGAAUGUGGAUUGAUUAAGACCGAGUCUCUCUGCUCAACUCAAGCUGGCGAGGCCAUGGCUCGUUAUUAUAUCCGAUUUGAAACGAUGAAAGCGUUGCUGUCGCUUAAAUCAAAGGCAACGCUCCAUGAAACUCUUAACGCAAUCUCACUAGCCUCUGAGUUUCAUGAAGUUCGACUCAAGGCUAACGAAAAGUCUCUCUACAGAGAAAUCAACCGUGACACUGGCAUCCGUUUCCCAAUCAAUGUCGACCUAGCCUUGCCAACCCAUAAAGUUUCCCUUCUGAUUCAAUCAGAAUUGGGAGCCAUCGAGUUCCCCGACGCCGAGGGACUCCAAAAGCACAAGUUCACAUUCAACCAAGACAAGGGAAUCGUAUUCGCACACGUGAAUCGACUGAUACGAUGUCUCAUUGACUGCCAAAUCGCUCGCAGUGACUCAACCAGCAUAUGCAGUUCGCUUGAAUUAGCUCGCAGCCUGGGUGCAAAAGUCUGGGAUCACUCGCCUUUGCAAAUGAAGCAGCUUGAUCAGAUUGGGGUCGUGGCAGUACGAAAACUCGCUGCUGCGGGAAUCACAAGCAUCGAGGGUCUUGAAUGCACAGAAGCGCACCAGAUCGAAGUGGCCCUUAGCAAGAACCCUCCUUUCGGUUCGAAACUGCUUGCGCGACUAAAGGAAUUCCCGAAACUCUGGGUUGCUGUUAAAAUGAUAAAGAAGGAUGUGAAAGUCGAUUGCGUCAACAUUCAUUUCGGGGUUGAACUUGCGUUCAUGAAUGAUAAGACCCCGACGAUGUUUCUACGCAAGCCGGUUCAUGUUUGCUGUAUGACUGAAAGAUCGGAUGGUCAUAUGAUUGAUUUCAGACGCAUGAGUGCAAAUAGGAUGCAGAAUGGUCUGAAGAUCGAACUCAGUGCACAACUCACGAGUGCGGAUGAAACGAUUCUGUGUCAUGUCAUGUGUGAUGAAAUUGCUGGGACAUCGCGAAAAGCCGAGCUUCUACCAGACUUACCCGCGCACGCCUUUGCUACUCUGCAAAAGAAGGAUUCUGAUGCCCACAAUACAAUGAAGUCAAUCAAUGUUAGGAUUGGCAGCGCUGCUACAGCCGCCAUAUCAAACACGAAAGACCAAGUAGUCCAUUCGAUCCAAGGUUUUACUGCAAUCAACAAGCCUGGGACCCCAACAGCCCCUCAUUCACGCCUCCGCAGAGAAACCAGAGAUGUGAACCAGGGUUGUCAAGAUUUGGACGACUUUGAUGGAGAUGACUUGCAGAUCGAUGAUUUCCUCAACGUUCAGGAUCACCACAAGAAAACAAUGGACUCUUGUCACCGACAGCCUCUGCAAUUCGAUGAUACAGACUGGCUCUCAAUUGCUGCUAGCAGUCCAAGUCCGCCCAAAAUAAGCACCAAAGCCUCAAAAUCCUACGUCUCCCAUGGAGAGAACUGGGCUUCAGAAAUGGACGAGCAGGAUGAGGAGGAAUAUGAACCGACCAGACUUGCAAAUGGGAAGUGGGCUUGCAAUCACAAAUGCAAUGACAAGACCAGGUUUGUUAAGUUUUUCUUUUCCUUUCUUUUUCGAGCUCGUGAUCGAGCUAACUAUGACAGCUGCAAACAUUUCUGUUGUCGGGAAGGUUUGGAUAAACCUCCUCCAAAGCCAAAAAAACGGGCUGCUCCAAAAACGCAGAAAGAGGAUGGUCUCAAUCAGCUGACUAUCCCCACCAGCAUCACCAAAACUGCAGCAAAUGCAUCUAACAAGGGAAGUUUGGCCACCAAGAAAGUCAAAGUCGAUCCCAAAAAUGCUCUCGGUGGUUCGAAACCCAACAGCUCAACACCGCAACCUAAGAAAAAGGCAUCGGCGCAAGGAAGACUCGCUCUUGUGGAAAAAGACAAGAAUGUAGUUCUGGCAAAGAGAAAAGAACCCCCCGUGAAACCACUAUCUAGUGAUUAUGGCGACGACAGCUUCGACGAUUUGCCAUCCCCGUCGACGCUUCUGGUCAACGUCAGGAAGAAUCUCGCAAAAGGGGGGGAAUCCUCAGCAAGAAAUGCCCCAGAAAAGGGAACAGCCUUCACUUCUUCUGACACCGAAAAGGGCCGAAUCAAAAGCACUGUCCAUCCCACUGACAGAUCUCAGCUUCAUCAAGCUAAACCAAGCAAGCGAACGACUCCCGACGAGCAUGAGAUAAUUGAAAUUUCAGAUGAUACACCCCCAAAGGCUACACUGAGCUCGGUUGAGUUGCUCGAACCAACAGCUACUGGGCAAAACACACUCCAAGUUCCAGCCGAAGAAAGGUCCGACGAUAUGAAACGAAAAGCCAGCCAAGAUGAGAACCAGACCACUAAACGAUUCAAACGCAACCCCUUUGUCACUCCUUUCCGAGUGCAGUCUGCAGAGGCUCCAGAUUCCGAAGAAGCUCCACUUGAUCCCAAGGACUCUGGUCUUCCGGUGCCUCGCACUUGGUUUGACUUGAAUGCAGAAUGGCUCCGCGAUGAUAUCGAUAUGAUUGAGGAAUUCAAGAAUAUUGUUGACUUUAUUUAG